AAUUUUUAUUUUAUAUUUUUUUCUCAACUUAAAAAAUAACACCUUUUAUACCUAUAAAAUUGUUUUUAAAAUGACUACUAACUAUAGUGCCAUUAGUCCUCAUACCUUUGAAAAGGUUCAACGAACUAAAAUCACCCUUGAAAACUUUUAUAGUAAUUUGCUGAUGCAACACAUUGAACGUCAGAAUAGGCAACGCCAUUUGGAAAAAUCUAUGAAUGAUGAGGGAUUAUCAAACGAAGAAAAAGUGAUCAAAAGGCAACAACAUGCAAUAAAAGAAACAGAAUUCUUAAGAUUAAAGCGCUGUAGACUUGGCGUUGAUGAUUUUGAACCAAUGAAGGUCAUCGGGAGGGGAGCCUUUGGAGAAGUUAGAUUGGUACAAAAAAAGGAUACGGGUCAUGUCUAUGCCAUGAAAAUAUUAAGAAAAUCUGAGAUGCUAGAAAAGGAACAGGUUGCCCACGUUCGGGCUGAACGGGAUAUUUUGGUUCAAGCGGAUCACGAAUGGGUCGUUAAAAUGUAUUAUUCCUUUCAGGACGCUCAAAAUUUGUACCUUAUCAUGGAAUUUUUGCCAGGAGGUGACCUGAUGACUCUCCUCAUGAAAAUGGACACCCUGAAUGAAGAGUCCACAAAGUUUUACAUUGCCGAAACUGCCUUGGCCAUUCAAUCUAUCCAUAACCUGGGAUUUAUCCAUAGGGACAUCAAACCAGACAAUUUAUUACUCACUGCUAAAGGUCACAUAAAAUUAUCCGAUUUUGGCCUUUGCACCGGGCUUAAAAAAUCUCACAGGACGGAGUUUUACAAAAAUCUGUCUCAAGUCCAAUCAGAAGAACUAAGAUAUUCAUCUUCAACUAACCCAGAAUUAACAUACCUGGAUUCCAAACGUAGAAGGGAAAGCUGGAAAAAGAAUAGAAGAGCAUUGGCUUAUUCGACGGUAGGUACCCCUGACUAUAUUGCCCCAGAAGUUUUUACCCAAUCUGGUUACACGGAGUCUUGUGAUUGGUGGUCUAUGGGAGUUAUUAUGUACGAGAUGCUCAUAGGUUACCCACCUUUUUGCUCUGAAACUCCCCAAGAAACGUAUAGAAAAAUCAUGAAUUGGAAAGAAACUUUAAUAUUUCAGCCUGAAAAUCCUAUAUCUAAUCACGCUAAAGACCUUAUCAAAAAGUUGUGUUGCGACUAUGAACAUAGGUUAGGCCACGGGGCUGGUUUGGAAGAAAUCAAGACUCACCCCUUCUUCAGCGGGAUAGAUUGGAGUUUUAUCAAGGAUAGGCCAGCCGUAGUUAGGAUAACUGUAAGUAGCAUAGAUGAUACCUCUAAUUUCGAUGAAUUUCCCGAAGUUCCAUUGGAAAUUCCCCGCCCCUCCAAAGACUUGGAAGAAAGUAACGGCGUGGGUUUUAAGGAUUGGGUCUUCGUCAAUUACACCUACAAAAGGUUCGACGGCUUAACUACCCGUUUUCGAAACAAUAAUAUCAAUAAUAAUAAUCCACUCUCCCAUCUCAAUUACAAUAACAUUACUCACACUUCGACAAACGCGUCUUCUUUGGACAAUAACGACGCUAAUCGAGAAAACCCCUCUUCCUCAACUAUCGAAAACGUUGCCAGCGACUCCAGGAAUCAUGGAUUCCAAACCAUCGAUCGCCAAAAUAUCGGUUCAUCCCAUCCUAACACCCCUUACAGCUCCUUUCAUAAUUGCGACAAUGGAAAUAGCCCAGGUUGCAAUGCCACUAAUAAUAAUAAUUCUCCUAACUAUAUGGUAAAUAACUUGAGUUGUGGUAACGAUAUGCCAGAGACUAUUAUAAUCGCUCAGCCCGAAGGAAAAACUUAAUAUAUAAAUCAUCUCUUUCGAAAUUAUUCCUUUAAAAAAAAUGUGAAUCCAAAUUUCUUCUAAAUUUAUAUUUGUGAGCAAAGCAAAACACACUAUUUAUGCAUUAUCUAGAAAAAAAAGUUCCUCAAAAUGUUUAUAAAUUUUGAUAAAUCUAAAAAAUAAUAUGCAUUAGUUUAAUAAUCAUUAAGUUACUAUUUGGUUUAAUAUUUAGUAUCGCAAAUGUAUUAUUUUUUAUAUUCCGCAGUUAAUUUUUUUUUUAAAUAAUUGCUUGAUUAUAUAUUUUAGUAAAAACUUUUUACAAGGCGACUUCUCAAGAUCUGGAUAUUUUUUUUGCUCAUAUCUAAAUAAGAAGAGAUACCUUAAAAGUUUUAUGGUUUAG